UCAUCCUUAUCACUAUUUACCAAGGAAACUGUAGCCAGGGCGGCUCAGAAGUUUGCCCAAGGAGCUGGCAGCGCCAUAUUUGAAUCCCAAGACUGAUGAUGCUGAAGCCCAUAUGGUUGCCACCACAUUACCCAGUGCUCCUGCAGGAGAGGGGGCCCCAGGGCCACGGUGGACCCCCACAGCACCGUCAGCACACUGAGUCCUACCACACGCUCCCGAAUCUGGAAUUUGAUUAUGCGGGAACAUCUCAUUGAAUCUGACCUGCUGGCUGACUGCACAGGAAGAAGAGGUGUAGUCACAUCACUCGCAUGGGACUCAGAGCCCCAGAAAGCCGACGGUGGUUAGAGCUAAGCUGCUCCUGAUUCGGGUUUCUUGCCAUUGGAGGUGGAGCUUUGUUAGUUCCAGCCAAUAUUACAAAUGAUUUGCAUCUUCUGAGCUUGCACCGGCGGAUCGGGACGAAGCCGAUGCAGAAUGGGAGCAAGGAUGUUGAGCCCUAAGAACCUGCCAGCGCCAGCACACCGGAAGGAGCACGGGAAAGAGUUGGCAGCGGGAAGCUAUGCAUGCCCAGAAGCUGGGUAGCACUGACAGGAUGUCCCAGAGAAACCAAAUACGAAGGUCUGGGAGACCCCAGGAGGAGCCAGUUUGGGAGGAAGCCGAGGACGUCUGUUUGGGACGUAGUGAAUUGGAGGCGUCAAUUAGACACCCAGUGGAGAUGGGACAUGGGCAGCUGGAUGUGUGCGACCAAUUGUGGGAAGGGUCACGCUACGCACGAUAUCUGAAAGCCAGGAGCCCUGGAUGACAUCCCUGAGAAGUACGUGUUAGAGAAAAAAGAAGACAAGCGACUCAUCCCCAUGUCGAGUCCACAAGGCUGGGCGUUUGCACCGUGGCUGGCUCUGUACGGGGAGCUGAGGGAGGCACGGAUUCGAAUGAGACCUGAUUUCUGUCCUCAGGAAGCGCCAAGCCUGGUGGAGAAGAGGGAGCCUGAAGCUGCCCAGAAGAUUGGCAGUGUGGAAAGAUCUCCGAUCAGAGCUUGGCAGACCUGGGGUGGACCCCCUCCCCAACCCCCACCCACCAGCCACGGCUUUUCUCUGAGCCUCAGCCUCCUCGUCUAUAAAAUGGGGAUAAUUAUACCUCCCAGCAGAGGCCACGCUGAGAGCUUUAGAGAGAAGAAAUGUGCUUGGCACAGAAGUGCUUGGGAACCUGCGCUCUUCAUUGUUUGUUGGCACAUUUCACACCCUGACGCCCCCCCACCCCCGCCCUCUGCCCUGGAGUCCCACUGUCGCACAUCAUGUCAGCUGGGUUUCCAGGAAGGGAGCUGCGGACUCCCCUCACCUACCGCCCAGCCUCCCUCUGUGGCUGCUGCUGCCUUGUGCUGGCUGGGGACAUGCAGUGGCAAGGUCAAGGCCAUGCUGCCCCUUGCAGUAAUUGGAGAUGACAAUAGCAUUUUGUCUCUUGUGGAGACGGGUAGAGAUCAAAGCCGGCACAAAGGAGCGGCUGCGACAGGCAGGAAUGCCCCUGCAAAUGCCACCAAUUACCGAAAAUUGGCUGCACUUAGGACUAUUACCAUUCAGGGCUGCCCGGCUUCCCCAGUCUGCCCCAGCGGCUCAUUCCUGACUGCAGGGGUGAGAGCGUCCCACAGGGCUGGUGGGAAGGCGGCCGGAAUUCCAAGGGUUUCCAUGGACCACGACCAAGCUUCAAAGCGUGGAUUACUGGCCAGGAGACAGGCCAAAGUGGAGUCUGGGAAUGUUCUCUGGGCAAAGAAGAAGCAGGGGUCCUGGAAAAGUAUGUUGGGGAGAGAAGGUGAGCUCUGGAGACCUGUAAGGAGAAGACCCGUGGACUCUGGGCUCUCUCACACCGGCUACUGCUGUGCUUGGCAGAGAGGUGGGCAUCAGCCUUCUGCCCUCUGGCUCCGGAGCACAGGGCACAAUUCUAUGAUGAACCAGCCGGAGGCCUCCUGUGAGCACAAGAACAAAGCAAAGACAGGAUGCAGGACCCUGAGCCAAACCCCAGGGCACUCUUCGUGUCUGAUGUCCAUGCACUGUCCUCUUGUCCAAGCAGCAACUUCAGGAACAGAGUCCUAAGGAAGACAGGCAGCCAGAGAGUGGCCCCCAGAGCCACAUGGGGCACAUGGAAGAAUUCUAGCAGGUUCCAGGGAAGAUAGGAGAAAGUCGUGAAGGAACGAGUUACCCCUUCGAGAGAGGUUGACUCGGGGUGGAAAGAGCACUGUCUUUCUAGCCGUGAAAUAUGGAUCUCAUCUCUGCCUCCAGUGCUUAGGAGCUGUGUGACCUUAAACAAAUUACUUAACUUCUCUGAGCCUCACAGUCCACAUCUGCAAAGUGAGGAAAGUAAUCCUGACAUCAGAAUCGUAGAAGAUGGCACUUUGAAAUGAGUCAUGACAGUACUAUUGCUGUGUAUAAAAAGUCCAAGGCUAACUGCUGCUUGGCCAUGUGCGUGGGGACACGGCCGUCACUCGGCUGC